AUGCCACCGAACAAACCACCAGCUUCGGGAUCAAACCCAGUUCCUGAACCUCUACUCACAAGACUGAUCGUCGCCCCGGUACUCUUCGUCUCGUUUCUGAUAUCCCUGUUCCUCAUCGACCGCCAGACAUACGCCAGCAUCUUCGGCCGGUCUCCUAGCAAGGAUGGGUAUUAUCAUUCCCACCAGCGCAAGCUAGCCAAGCGAGAAAUGGACGAGGCCUUCCAAAUGCGCCGGAAAGUGAUUGUCGCCCUUUGCGCGUUAAGCGCCGUGUCACUGGCAAUUGUUGCUUGGGGGAUUGAGUCGUUGUGGACCGUGUGGAGGUUCAGAGCGUCACCACCGACAAGAUGA